GGAGAAGCCGCUGUCACGUGAGCGCGUUAACCCUUCCCUGUCUGACGGUGUUCUAUCAGUCUGGUAUACUCCGUCAGAUUGCUAUACCCACGUCACUUCCGGGGAGGGGAAUCAGCUGUCUCCUGUGCUGCACAUGCGUGCUAGCACUCCUGCUACUCCUCCACAGCAAGGUCCUGGAAGGUAAGUAAAACUAGUUUUACACUUUCAUUAUAGUUAGUGCAUUCACUAAGCUUAGGCACACGGGACAUUUAGGGUUAAGUGAGGGUACAAAUUAGGGUUAGGUAAGUGAUUCUAACCUCUCUCACACUCUAUUCUUACCCUAACCCUUGGGGUAAGGGUUAAAAUAAAGUGUGAGAAAUCACUAUUUAGUGAUAUUCCCCUAAAGUGAAAUAUCACUAAAUAGGAACAAGUCCCUAAUCCUAACCCUAAUUUGAACCCUAACAUUAACCCUAAAUGUCCCAUGUCCUAAGCUUAGUGAAUGCACUAACUAUAAUGACAGUGUAAAACUAGUUUUACUUACCUUCCAGGACCUUGCUGUGGAGGAGUAGCAGGAGUGCUAGCACGCAUGUGCAGCACAGGAGACAGCUGAUUCCCCUCCGCGGAAGUGACGUAGGUAUAGCAAUCUGACGGGGUAUACUAAACUGAUAGAACACCGGCAAUCCCAUGGUGGGCGUGGCCUGCCAGCCACUCCGCCGGCUUUGCCUUGGGCUCGGUCAUUCAGUCGGUGACUGUAGGGGCGGGAGGCCGAACCGUGUGUGACUCCGGCUGCCUGACAGCGAUGUGAGUGCCGAGGGGGAGGUGUGCUGGACCCUUCUAAUGACCGGUUACCUUCUCUCCCCCCAGUCCUAGGGUCAUCCUUCCUGGACAUGGCUCCCUCUAAGUCCGUGCUCAGCCUGGCGACAUUCGCCGUCGGCUUGGCCAUCGGCUUCAUCUGCUGCUAUGUGAUCUUCAGCCUGGUCCUGGACGAGAGGGACAUCCCCAAACCCCGGGUCCUGCACAAUGACCCCCACUUCAGGCAUGUGGAGGAGCAUGAGGCCCCUGCGGAGGAGCUGGCUGGGGAGAUGAACUUCAACGCUGACACCAAGCAGCACAAAGGUAAUGGGUAAUAAAAUGCCAUAAAUUAAAGGUUUCAUCUUAACCCCCCUCUGCCAAAUGCUGAAACACUAAAAUAAAAUAUUACCCCCCCCCUCUCUCCCAAAGGCUGAAACUCUAAAAUAAAAUAUUACCCCCCCACACACACUCACACCCCAAAGGCUGAAACUCUAAAAUAAAUUACUCCCCUCUCUCCCAAAGGCUGAAACUUUAAAGUAAAAUAUUAUACACCCCCCCACCCCCUCUCCAAAAGGCUGAAACUCUAAAAUAAAAUAUCCUCCCCCCUCUCUCUCCCAAAGGCUGAAACUUUAUAGUAAAAUAUUAUACACCCCCCACCCCCUCUCCAAAAGGCUGAAACUUGUUGUACAGCUCCAGUCCCUUUUAUGCUUUGCCAUAGCUAGUUUGUAGUCACUUAUUAUGUUUUGUAUUAUUUACAAUAAUAUUAUUAUUGUAUUAUUAUUAUUUGCAAUGUGCCAGGAUAUAGUGCAACCUUUUUGACAUUUUACAAAGGUUUUUAGAUCGACAAAAAAAAUAAAAAAAAUUAACAAUUACAAAUGUUAUCAGGAACAAGAGGUUCAAAUUCUCAAAUGAGCAGACUUUAUUCACAAACGUAAGAAUUCAAUGUGAAUUUCUAAUUUUAAGGUCAAAAUAGCCGUCCUGCAAACAUGCUCUAAACUAGUUGUACUUCCAGCUCUGAUACUUUGGUCUUAAAAUUUGAAAUUCACAUUCACUAGAAGUCUUACUUUACUGUAUACAUAUAAAAUUAAAGAGGAAGGUCAACUUUCUUUUGUAGGCUAUUCUUACAGUUUUUCAACCACCAUGGAAAACAUAGCCCAAAAUACCCAGAGUGCCAACAGUGACUUGGUUGUAGGAGAUGGUAUAAUGUAUUCACAUUCCUAUAGAAAGUAAUGGCAUGUACCAUUUGUCAUUAGGUCUCCUGUAUUGCUGGCAUGUCUGUCUAACUUGUUCACUGUAAAUGCAAGUUUUGGAAAUGUCAAUAUAGAGGAGUUUGAAAAAUUAUAAACUUUAGCUGCAUUGGUCUGACGUUCGCAAACUCCGUUUUCAGUUAGAUGGCGUUGGAUAUACUGCUUAUGGAGUCUAGUCAACUAGUGACUUGCAGACUUUUUAAUUUUUUUUUUUUUUUAAUAACUCUUUUGGGAAUGUUUUGUAAACUGGAUCUUGCCUAGCACCUUGCUUGUUAGUGAUGAAACCCAUUGUUUGUGUUCUUCACUUAGCUUACCAUCAUUACAUCUUUUAGAAUUCUCAGUGCUGAAGGAGCUUCAGAGAAAGCACUUUCUCACAUAGCCUGUCUGUCUUUGAGGACUAAUUUUUAAAGAAGCAGUCUAAGCCUCAUAAAAAGGACAUGCCAAGUUAUAGUAUUGGGCUGCAUCUGUUUCUCAAGCAGGGGCCAGGCUCUGGGAACUCCUCGUUUUAGUCAAACCUGACUUGACUCAGAAACAGGGGGUUGUAUUAAUCGUUUACUGCAUCAUAACCACUACAUUAGUUUGUAGUAGUUAUAGUGCUUAGUGUGAAGGGGAAAAUGUUAUAUGCUAAAUAAUGAUACACUGUUGUCUGUAUACUGUAAAAUGUAAUUUUGCUACUUUUUGUUUUUGUUUAACAUUGGAAUCUGGAAGACUGUUGCCAUCAUAUAUGAAAUGUGUUUUUGUGGUGGUCCCUUUUUUUUUAUUUUUUUAUUUGUCAUUUAUAUUGAAUGCCUGUCACUUCCAGAACAUGUCAUGCAAAUCAAUUCAUCCAGUGCUAUUCGAACUUUUGACAUUUAUUGAAGAAAUGCACUCACACAGAAUAUAAUUAUUUUUUUUCCCACUUCUCCACUUACAUCCCUUGAACUAUUUUACUCUACGUGUAACAGGGGUGAGUGAAUGCGGAACUGCCUUUAACAUAGAAACAUAGAAAAGUUGCAAGUUUGACUAAAACGUGUAAUUUAGCUCACAAUGUGUGUGCUAAGAUAUGCCUGGGUAAAGUCAUCUCUAAUUGUUAAUGAGAUAUUUUAUGUGGAAUAAUACUAAUUGACCAUAACAUAAAAUACUAGUGUAUACAUUUUAUAACCCUAAAGGUAAAGUGACACUACCAUUUAGAUUGAAAGGAAUACAAUAAAUUGUCAUUGGUUAUGAUGCUGUCGAUUUUUAGUUUUUGUCAAAUCAUUUUUCAUUUUGACAAAACUGAGCCUCUCUUGCCACCAAACCCCACCCCUCUGUCACCAAUACAUAAUGAGACUGUUUCACCGUGCUUGUGUGGCUUAGUAGGAUUCGGCCAUGCUGAAUGGCUUUUAACCCAUCUUUGCUGUAAAAUCAACCAACCUUCAUUUGUAACUUUAUAAAAUUCUGGUUUAUUCAUUAAUCAGUUUAAUAUGAAUUGUAAAACAAAAUGUAGCAUAGAAUAUUUUUUUUCCCCGCUUGGAAUUUAACUUCAACUUUUUGAAUUCAUUUUUGGUUUCCUGUAUCUCACUGUUUAGUGAAUAAGUGUCUUGGGAAAAGUAAUGCAAAUAUUUUCUUGCUAGCUGGUCAUAAAUUUUUUUUUUUUUUUUUUUUUUACACACAUCACCCUCCCUUAGUCACUAUUUUUAUAACUUCUGAAGACCAGCUGCACAAUGAGACGUUGGUCAUAGAGAAAGUAGAUAACGAUUAUUGUCUGACUAGUUAAAAGUGCAAUAUAAACCUAUCAUUGCAGCAGCCUGUUUUAUAGAAGCUAUGUGCAAAAACACAAAGUUCUCCAGAUCCUGUAACUGUAUGAACAGGUUAUGCUCUCAGGUUAGAUUGCUUGAAAGUACAUAUUGGCCCAUUAUCCUUUUUAAGGGUUCAUAGAAUUGCUUACAGUUAUUAUAUUCCAGAGUUAUUUACCAAAGGCUAGACUUGCUGUAGCAUUUGUUUAAAAGAGAUCUCUGCUUUUUUAAGGUGAAAUUUCAUUUAAAAAAAAAAAAAAAACUCUUCAGAUUUAAUCACAUUUUAUUUUAUUUUAUUUUAUUUUUUAUCUAUCCGGCUUAGCCCAUAUGGAGUAAUUUCAUACCUCAUCUGCAGUGUUGUCUGUUAAUAUCAAUUUAAUUAUUCCCCAUUUGUUUCCCUAAUCCAUGCCCUGUUGAGAAGGACUAAUCAUUGAAAACAAGUGACCCAAUGCCUUCACCCAUCCCAAUCCAAGGUUGUCUGCCUAUCAAUCCCUCUUUCCAUUACUGAAUUCAACUUUUCCAAGAAUCCCUUAUUAAGGAUGGAGGAUCCCUUUGCCUCUCCUAUUUUCAAAUUUGGUGUGGGUUAAUUAAAUGGAGUGGCUGCUGUUGUCUUGAUUAGGCCUUUUCUUUUUAAUUACACAAUAUAGAGUCUAUGUGCAUGCUUAAGGGAUUCUAUAGUGCCAGGAAAACAAAGCCGUUUUCUUGGCACUAUAAAAUCCAAAAGUUUCUCGAUCCCUAAUACCUUCCCAUCUUCAUUGUUUAAAACUUAUGUGUACAUAUGUAUUACUACAUUGUUUAAUCAGCUCUUUAGUUAACAUUCAUGAAAGAAUAUAUAAUUAGUAUGUAUUCUACUUGUUUGCUUUCCAGAUGAGAAUACACACCUAUCUGAUGAUCUCUUCAAGGAGGUGAGAAUCCUAUGCUGGGUAAUGACAGGACCUCAGAACCUUGAAAAGAAAACCAAGCAUGUUAAAGCCACUUGGGCCCAAAGGUGUAAUAAAGUAUUAUACAUGAGUUCUGAAGAGAACAAAGACUUCCCCACGGUGGGGUUGGAUACUAAGGAAGGUCGGGACCAGCUUUACUGGAAGACUAUUAAAGCCUUUCAGUAUGUCCACGAUCAUCACUUAGAUGAAGCAGAUUGGUUUAUGAAAGCUGAUGACGAUACUUAUGUUGUUCUGGAUAAUCUGAGGUGGCUUCUGUCAAAACACAAGCCAGAUGAUCCUAUUUACUUUGGAAGACGAUUCAAACCCUAUGUGAAACAAGGCUAUAUGAGUGGGGGGGCUGGUUAUGUGCUCAGUAAGGAAGCCUUAAAGAGAUUUGUGACUGCAUUCAAGGAGGAGAAAUGUACACACAGCUCAUCAGUUGAAGAUCUUGCCUUGGGUAAAUGUAUGGAGACUAUUAAUGUUGUGGCUGGAGAUUCCAGAGAUACCAGUGGAAGGGAAACAUUCCACCCCUUUGUUCCAGAGCAUCACCUUAUACCGGGAUACUUGCCAAAGACAUUUUGGUACUGGAAUUACAACUAUUACCCUGCUAUUGAGGUACGUGACAGGUUAUGGCUGUAAGUAUAAAAUAAAACCAAUAUUUGUACAGUACUACUGCUAGCUCUUGGGUCUUGGUUAGUUCCAGUGUUUUUGGCCAAAGAGUUUCUUGACAUUUUUUUAAAUUAUCAACUCCACAUCCAUAAAGCAGUUCAGCUUGCUAUGGAUGAGGGGUAUCCAAUAAUAAUGACAGUUUAGAAAAGUGUUGAUUUCUAUAGCAAAUACACUUUUUUAUAAAUAAUUGAUAAAACACCCCACUGGCUGUCAAACAACUGGGGUGGGAGCCUCUUCCUGCUUUCAUUAGUUCCUCUGAGACAAUGGAAGUGACAAGUGUGUUCUACAUGAGUGCACCUGCCUCACCCCCUGCUUAUCUCAGACCAUCGUCCACUUUCCUCAGUGCUCAAUGGGAAGCCUCUGAUAGGCUGUUUCCCCAUGUAUUCCAGUGGGAAAAGGGGAGGACAUACAAGGGUUGUCUUUGCAAACAGUUUUCAUAUAUACCACCUAAUGUAUACAUGCAUGAAUUGGGUGUAUCUACUAAACUUGUGUGACUCUUUAAAGGGCUUCUCCAACACCCAUGAUCUCUUUUUUGCUUUUCAAAGUGGUCAUGGGUAGAUGGUAGUUCCUAUUACUAUCAUAUGUAGAAUUUUUUUUUUUUUUUUUUUGAUUCUUCAUUCUUGCACAGUAAUAUGAUAAAGGGAAUUUGAGCAUAAAAUUUUAUUUCUACGUUUCUGCUAGGAGCUAAUUGCUAACCGCACACAGAACUCUGUUUUAGGCUGCCUAGUAUUUAUUCUGUGUGACUGUAAUGAGCUUUAAACCUUGCAUGCGCUGCUGAGAUAACACCUGCAAGGGAAAGCUUGUUAGUCCACACUUUGUGUUUUACCUCCCUAAAUUGUUGUUUUUGUGUUUAAAUUCCUCCUUUGCCAUUCCCCAAACUCUCUGAGCUCAUUUUGUUAGGACCACUGAAGGGUAUGAGUGAUGGGGAAUAAUGUAGGGACGGGGAGUAGAAAUGCUGAAGGAGAGCUUUACCUGGUUCUAGAGUCAAAAUACUUUUUUUGUGGGGGGGCGGGGGGGUGGGGUCCAGGAUUUGGGGGUUAGAAAAUGGGGGUUGACAUUGUAGUGCCCAAUUAUAUUGUAAAAAAGGUUUAUAGUAAUCCUUGAAAGCAGGCUUCUCCACACUACGGCCCUCCAGAUGUCGCUGAACUACAACUCCGAUGAUUCUGUGAAUGAAAUGGAUAGGCUGAGAAUCAUGGGGGUUGUAGUUCAGCAACAUCUGGAGGGCCGAAAUUUGGGCAAGCCUGCUUUAAAGGAACAUUCUGUGGUGGAUUUACCAUUGGGUUUUUAAUGCAUUACAGAGAAAUCACUUCAUUUGGGUUGGGAUGAUAGCAAGUGGAGACUUCAACAGGCCACACAGGGGAGUUGUCAAGGAAAGAAAAUGUUAAAAAAAAAAAAACAGUACACAUAGUAUGUGAAUUUUUGUAUUGAUGUCACGCCACCUAUAAAGAUUUUGUACUGCCAUUUUAAAAUUAAUCCUUCUACUGAACUGUUUGUGUUUAUACAGUGAAAGCAGCCAUAGUCUAUUUAAGAAGAAAGUGUAGUUUUAAAAAGAUUAGGGUGUUGCCUUCAGUUAAUUUUAAAGUGACUGGUUACACGAUUUUGUCACCAUAUGUAUUACUUUAUAAAUGCCUUAGAAUGCAAAGAAAUAAACGUAGAAUUUAGAGUUCUUUUUCCCAGUUUUGCCUCCUUUACAUCAGAAAUUGGCAACCUUUGGCACUCUAGAUGUUUUAGACUACAUCUGCCAUAAUGCUGCAAAGCAUCUGAUUUAUAUGGAGCACUACCCUGACCAGGAAGUGACUCUGCCAACCAGGAUUCAAUCUUUGAAAACAUGUGGCCAGUUGUUGUUUUGGUUUUUUGCUGGUGCAUUACUCAUAGCUAUACAUUUACUGACUGCUCCAUUUAGUUUUUUUCUUUCUUUCCUUCUCCAUCUUUGCAUACACACUGCCAUGACUUUGGCUCUCACAGAACUUUUUAGGAGAUAGAUGGAACAGAAUUUGCUUUUGCGAUUUCAGGUGUUUGCAUUCUCCUUUAAUCGGCUAUUAAAAUUCCUCUGUGGUUCACUAGGCGCCAAAUGAAACUGAAUGCAUCCUUCCUGUUUGCAAGUGGAUCUCAUUGCUGCAACGAGAUUCACAUGGAAUAGCUCAACCGGACUGGAACUGAAUUUCUCUGCUACAAGAAACAAAAAUACAAAUAGCGUAAGAGUCAGGUUUGAAGGGAGGAUUUAUGGUUGGGUUAUACUGUCCUAGGAAACCACCUCUAGUAGCCAUCUGAGGAGUGGCCACUGGAGAUAUCCCUAGGCUGUAAUGUAAACAAUGUGCAGGAAAAAAAGAGAAUCACUAUAAACUCAACCUAGAACGUAUGGAAUUCCCACCAACACUUAAACAUUAAUCGUCAAACAAAAAAAGAAAAAAUAGUAAAUGUAAUAAAAUACGUCACACCAAAAUGUAAAUUACAUAAUUAUGGAUUUAUAGUAUAGGAGAUUCUGGAGAACCUAUAAUCUCCAAAUAGGAAAAAAAUAAAUUAAUAAAAAAUAAAAUGUGUAUAGUACAGUUGAGGGAUCGGUCACAAACAAGAGCCGCAUAAAGGUUCCGGGUCUCCUCCCAAUACCCCCAUAGAACGAAGCAUCUAUAGUAAUGUGAGCGUGCCCAGUGUAAUUUCACACAUUCUGUCUUUCUCACUAUCUCUUCUAUACCUACAUUUUCCCCUCCUCCACCCCCCAUACCACACCCUAAUAACCCCCAGAUAUAGACCGUAAGGGCCGACCCCGAGAACAAAAUAUGACCACUUGCUACCAGACACAAUGGCACUGACACCGGCCAACCUCGCCAUUCUCACCAUCAACGCCAAGGGGGGCUUAAUAAGCCAGAGAAACACUCAGGGGUCCUACGAGACUUCCACGCAAAAAGAGCCUCAAUUGUAAUGAUUCAAGAGACAGAUUUUAGAGAAUGGGCCAGACCUAAAUUGACCAACCACCAUUUCUUGCAGCACUAUUACAGUGACUACCAUGGGGGAAAAUCUAGGGGCAAUGCUAUACUGAUGAGAGAGUACCAUUCCAGGAAGGGGAGAGCAUAAUAAACCGAGAGGGCAGGUACCUGUUUCUCAAGGGACCGCGGGACAACCAAUCACGUUCGCUAAUAUAUACGCCCCCAACCGAAAACUACCAAUUCUUCCUACAUACAUCGCACUAGACCCUAAAUGGGAUUGCUCCAUGGGCACAUCACAUAUUCCGACCCAACAACUGAACACUAUUAAAUCCCUCCUACAUAGACUCUUAGACUGCUGGAGAGCCCACUACCCCGAUGAGAAGGAUUACACUUUUAUUUCUCAAACCCACGCAACUCUUUACCCGACUAGACUAUUGACGCUGAACACGGGAUAGCAAUAUGGUCGGACCACGCCCCUGUUACAAUCACCCUUAAGUCCUCCCCCUAUUCAGACCCACAAUGUCUAAAUCAAGGCUAAACAAAUACUUGCUGACCUGACCUGUCCGCUAAGUAGGAAAGGUUCUCAGGGAAUACUUCAAGACCAAUACCCCAGAGCAGAUAUCCCUGACGAUCAGGUGGGAAGCCAAUAAGUGUGGUGAGGGGGCAUUUCAUACAACAAGGCUUAAAAAAUAAACUGAAUCCCAGCUGAAUAUCAUUGGGGAUAUACACAGCAUGGAGAAGUUGAACAAACGCUCACAACACCCAGCACACCAGGCAAAACUUUUGGAACUGAGAUGGGACCUGACAUCACUACUUCACUCCCAGUAUCACAGAGACGUGGUUAGGCACAGGGCCUUCUCCCUACACUGGAACAAGAGCAGCACGCUUCUAGCCAGAAUGCUGGCCAAGAGGGGACAGAUGACAUAUAUUGACAAAAUUAUGGAUAGACAGGGCACUCUGCACCGCCUACCAGCAAAAAUCCUGAAAGUGGUGGGCACCUAUUACUCCGAAUUUUAAUCCGCUACCGCAAACCCCAAACCGACGCGGCGAGAGAUCGCUUAUAAGCUUCUCUAUCCAGUCAUACUUGACGGCACACUAACUACAGACUAUUGACAGAUUUGUAUUGAACCAACUGGACGAACCCAUCUCUCCAGAGGAACUGGCACUUGCGAUAAACGCUAAGCCGGGAAAAAGUCCUGGCCUUGACUGGCUACCGCUAUAAUACUACAAAAGCUUCGCUGACUGUCUGUACCCACCGCUGUAGGCUUCUUUCAACACGGUGAGAGUCAGCCAAUGUAUACCUAAACAAGCGCUGACUGCCCACAUUACCAUCAUGCCUAAAAAGGGCAAGGACGGAGAGCAAUGUGGGAAUUACAGGCCCAUCUCGCUCUUCAAUUGUGAUAUUAAAUUACUGGCCAAGAUCCUGGGAAAACAACACUAGACGCAUAUUCUCUCGCUGGUUCUUCCAGACUUGGUGGUGUUCGUAAUGGGACAAGAGGCUAGAGACAACAUGAUUCUGGCGCUCGCCCUCAUGCUUGGGAGUAGGGGGGAGUCAAGGAUAUUCUCCUGCUAUCGACCGACGCGGAGAAGGCCUUUCUACAGGGUUUGAUGGGACUACCUCUUCAAGACUUUGGGACUGGGAUCUUACUUAAGGAGAUGGAUAGAGGCCCUGUAUGACUAGCCUAUUGCCCAAGUCCUAGUCAACGGGGCGCUAACUAUAGAAUUCUCCAUCCACAACGGCACCAGACAGGGUUGCCCCCUCUCCCCCUUCGUUCUUGCCCUCAAACCAUUUAUGACGAACAUCAGACGCGACAGAGACAUAAAUGGAAUCACAACGGCGCAUGUACACCAUAAAGUGGCUGCAUUUGCAGACAACUUCCUCUUCUUUGUUUCUAAACAAGAAGUAACAUUACUGGAUUCUGGAUUACGGGUACUUCUUUUGGAGAUCCAGCUGACACAUAUUUAUACCACUACUUAUGCUGAUAUUCCAUCUGAAAUAGUGUGUGUGUGUGUGUAUGUAUAUGUAUGUAUGUAUGUAUGUGUGUAUGUAUAUAUGUAUAUAUAUAUAUAUAUAUAUAUAUAUAUAUGUGUGUGUAUAUAUAUAUAUAUAUAUAUAUAUAAUGUGUGUGUGUGUGUAUGUAUGUAUGUAUAUAUGUAUGUAUGUAUGUAUAAAUAUAUAUAUUUUUUUUUCUCAUUUAUCUGAGUGAGCAAGAAGAGAUAUCCAGGAAGAGCUCAAUCACAAUACAUUGCUAACCUACAUAAGGGAGAUAUGCCUGAUAUUCCAGCCCUCUAGUGGGUUCUCUACCCACUAGAGGGCUACCGGUUCUCUACCCCCCAUUUCUUUGUUCCUACGGUGUGUGUGUGUGUGUGUGUGUGUGUGUGUGUGUGUGUAUUAUUUUUUUAUUAUUAUUAUUAUAAAACAAAAUUCCCAUUAGGAGAUGAUAGGUUCUCCAGAAUCUCCAACACUAUAAAUCCAGGUUGUAUAUUUAUGUAAUUUACACUUUGGUGUGAGUUGAUGUAUUUUUUUUUUUUUUUUUUUUUUUUUGACGUGUAAUAUAAACACCGCCUUUUAUAUAAAAAGGUAGUGUUUGCAUGAAAAUUACUGAAAGGAAUGAUUAUACUGACCAGAACUAUAAGUUGUAGUUGUUCUGUUGACUAUAGUGUCCCUUUAAAUUUACAUGAAAUUGGAAAAAUUAAACUCCAGCUAUGCUUAAAAAUUCCCUGGGCAGAGCCGAGCCGAGUACCUGACAAGACGCAUGCUGUUCAAGCUCCUGCAGUGCAGACCCAAAUCUGACGGAUCCUCGGAACCAACCGAAGUAGCUGCUAUGAUUGCACUGAUACCACACGUCACCCGACCGGGAAAGGCGCCAGCAAGCUGAGGCCUAGUGGAGGCACGGGGGAAGGACGGACCCCAUGCGCAAAACACGAGGGCAAACCAAGCAAUCCCUCCCCCCCAUGGACCGAUGGGGGAUAUCCCGGUCCCCGCCGGGUGGAGUACCCCGAACCCCGCAUCUACUAACAGGCAAAAUAAUCUCCACAAGUGAGAGGGAGACAGGUGCGUCCAAAAUGGCCGAUCAAACGGACACAAUAGAGCCCGACGAGAAGACACCACCCAGGGGCAGCAAACGAGCGCCAACCUAGAGACCUCAACGCAUCAAUCUUUGAGCGGUUCUGGGUUAAACUGCAGGCACUCCUACAGCCUGAAAACCCCCACAGAUAUCCCCCCGUGAGGGCUGAAGCCAGGGGUGAGCGGAGGCACAGGAUCCGCCUCAGGGCCACUCUAAGACACACACGAUUGACCCACAUAAUUGUGGCCCUCCUGGGCCGAGAGCAGAAAGGGGCGCGCCCCAACGGUUCAGGACACACUGGCGGAGUACAGCACAGAGACUACCCAAGCGACAAGGCAAGACUCCCCGCAUUACCCCAAAGGGGUUGAACCUUGGCCAAGGCGGCUCCCAGGGCCAUGGCCUACAGACACCAGCUCUCCCACGGCUCCGGGGCCGGAGAAGACCCCCGACUCCAAACUGUACUGGCACUACCCAGUCAAGCUGCCACCCAGGCAGGAGAAAUCCACGCCGGACCCGCUCGACCCGGACAAGCCGAACCGGUCACAACCCAGUACGUAGCUACCUACCCAAACAGAGAAAUAUCACAUCGAGACUGGUUCAGGACCAACGAGCAACGAGACCCACACCGGCGGCAGCACCACUAAGCCCAACCGAUGAAUACACACGGUCACUUAACAAGACACAUCCCAAGUACAAGCAACAACUGAGAUCAUGGCUCACAGAAGAGCCUAAACGGGUCUGUCGCAUACACCAGGCAGGCGUUGGCUGAACGGAACACCUGCUACUAAAGAUGAGCUAAUGGCAAUAUUUCUCAUAAUGUCUUCACCAGUGACUGUAGGAAACCGCUUGCUUCAAUUUGUUUAAGUUAAUUUGCAGCGUGGUAACCACAACCUAAUAAUACAGGCUUACAGGCCCACACCACACCAGCUGCACCGAGAAGUUACACACCCAACGUGGCAAUGUUAUAAGCACUGCAUUUGCUAGAAAUAUUGUGUCAUUGUCAUUUUAUGCAUGUUUUUUCUCUAAGUUUCAACGAUAAACUUACGGAGUCCACCUAUUAUGUUAUUUCACUAAUAGUCUAACUCCAUUUCAGUUUCUAGCUCUGUGUUAAUAGUGAGCAUGUUACGCUAACUCCUUUCAGCUUGUCUAACCUGUGUAUAACAAUUUACAAGUAUGGAUAACCAUCCUGACUAUAUCGUUUAGGAGAAAGUGCAGAAAAUCUACUAAGCUAAGCUAGAAACAUAUACUACUUAAAUUCCUAUCGUUAUGUUUAAACGUGAUUUCCUUAAAUAACAAAAAUGUGCGUGUGAUUCUAAAUACCCCAUUGUUUUAAAAUAAUGAAAAUCAGGGUGAGGAAUGCCGUUGGGGUACCUCACACGUGUUAUCUUUCUUUGCACAGCAAAAAUAAAUAAAUAAAUGCCCUGGUCAGGAAAUUUCUGUGUUUAGAAAAGAAUCCAGAAUAUAAGUAAAAUGUGAAGGAGCAAUGCAGAUAGUUUAUACUAUUGUGUGGUAACGUUAAACAUUCCCAUCUGAUAUCAUUUAAUAUUUAACAAGGACCUAGAAAUAUGCCACUGUACACUAGUAAGCAGUGAAAUAUUAACUUUCCGUGAGGGCUGUAUUAGAGCAGAGAACUUUUAUACUAGAUCCUAUUUUUUUUUUUUUUUUGACAUUCAAGAACGUGUAACUCAACAAAAAGCUGGAUUGUAGAUAAAGAAAAUUCAAUCUUGUAAUUUGUCUGGUAGGCUUCCUUUGUGUGUUGAGCUUAUGGAAAUUUCCAGCAAAAUCCACCUAUUAAGCACAAAUUGAAAUCCUGUUUGCAUCCUGAAUUUGUACAUUAUAAACAGGGCUUGACAAUUUUGCUUUGAAUCUAGGAGCCAGCUAAAAGAGUUAGGAGACCGUUUUUUUUCUAAUCUUACAAAGCUUUUUAUUUUUAAAGAAAAAAGGGACUCUAUAGUCACCAGGACCACUACAGCUUAAUGUAGUGGUUAUGGUGUCUACAUUGAAAAGCCUGCAGGGACAGGCUGUAAACACUGCUUUUUCAGGAAAAAUGCAGUAUUUACAUUGCUGCCUAGUGACACCUCUAGUGGCAGUCACUCAGAUGGCCAUUAAAAUGCUAACUAUGUCUGUGCUGCACAUUGUGCAACACCUACAUUCAGAUUUUUCAGUCCCUCAUGCUAACCGCGGAGCAGGCGGCCAAGAGCUUUCAGGUCCUGGGAGUGAGGAUGUCGGCACUUAUGAGAGUCUGGAGUUGGAGAAGCUCCAGCCUGCGGAUUCACGUGGAGACAUUCCUAGCAGAAGCCUACCCUUACCACCCAGCGGAGUUGGAUGAUCUUGGCAGCACUCAUAUCGCCUGUAGCAACCAGUUACCUGCAAAGGCGGACGUUGGCUUGCUAUACUUGCCUUUUUAUGCUCUGCAAAAGUUAAUUUAUUUGAUAUCGUUUGUCACUUACAGUGGUGCAACAGCAUAGUAUAUUGAAUAAUUCCAGUGGCAUACCUCUCUGCAUGACCACCUAGCAUGUUCUGUAGUAAUAUCAUAUAUAAUUGCAAAUUGCCUCUACCAUGCCCUCUACUCUUGAACCCUUGUAUUUAAUAAUAAUCCAUGUCUAGCUGCUUCAGUAUGCCUCUCAACUUGUCCAAAACACGUUUACAUGUGAUUGCCUCGUAAGACUAGGUAUAGCCUAUACCCUCUUUAACAAUUAGACAUGUUAGACACGAGUAUCUGAUCAGUCUAUUAGAAGUAUAAAAAAAAAUGCAAGUUUAUUAUAUGUUGAAAUGCCUGCUGUGACGAGGCGGGCCUGCCUGUAUAUACACACACAGCAAACAUAAAGAAUUUUUGAGAAAAAAAAAAAAAACAUUGACAUACACACAUACUGACAUACAUACACACAGUGACACAUACUCUUUGACACACAUACACUCUUUCACAGACACAUACAGACAUAUACAUUCUCACUGACAAGCACACACACACUCACUGACAAAUACAUAUAUACACACACACACACACACACACACACACUUUAUUUUUUAAAAUUUCACUCCACCCAGCCUCCCUACCAUUGGGAUUGCUGGCAUGGAAUCUCUAUUUCCCUGGUGUCCAGUGGGGCUGAUGCGCUGAGCGGCUGGCGUGGGGUCCAGUGGGCUGCUGGGAUGAGCUGCUGGCAUGCGGGCGUGCAGUGUGGGCGGCAAGGGAGAAGUGAUCUUCCUGCUCAGCUCCCUUCUGCGCCUCUUAGUGAUGCCGAAGUGAUGUCAUAUUCUGGCUCCAGCAUCACUUCUGUGCACGCGAGGGACCAAAGUAGGGGAGAGUGCUCCCUCACCGCCCGUCUCAAUUAUCAGCAGUGCCCAUUUUGUUUCCUGAUUAUUGCAGCAGAACCCCAUUUGUGUUCUCCGCGGAGCAGCAAUUGGGAAACGCUGGUUUAGAGUAUACCUAAUGUUAACUUUGUAAAAAUGGAUUCUGAAAUCAUCUGUAAAAUAGGUUUUUACUACAUUUGAAAAACCCUGCAUAUAUCUUACCUGCACCAUGAACAAUGAAGGAAUGUUUGAGUAAAUCACAUGAUAUUGCAUUAGGAUAACUUUGUCUAUGAUUAUAUAAGUGCUUUGCUUAUACAUAUACUGUACUUGAGCAAAUCAAAAAAUGUCUCUGUGAUCUGUUUAUUAAACCCUUCAUGGGUAAGACUGGACUGUAUGGUAUUAUUAUACUCACUUCAUUGUUUGUCUCAUAGGGUCCUGGCUGUUGCUCUGACCUGGCCGUAUCGUUCCACUACGUGGACUCAAGAACCAUGUACCAGUUAGAAUAUAUGGUCCAUCAUCUCCGUCCUUAUGGAUACAAGUACAGAUAUAAACCUGAUGCAGUUAACAGUCCAGCAGACCAGAAAGUCAAAAUAGCUGCUGAAACCCCCUGAUGUUUUAAAACCACUUGUUUAAAUUUUCCUUGUUUUUUUUUCUUUUGUUUUUUUCUGAAACAAUCAUAUGUGCACUGAUUUUUAUUUUCAUCUUUGUUCAAGACCGGCCACUCCCAUGGACUGCUUAUCAUUUUCAAUUUUGAACAACUAAAAUGUAUUUUCUAUUUUUAAUUUGAAUCGUCACACAUUAAUGCUUUAAAUAGAUCUUUAAAAAAAAAAAAAUGCUCCCAUUUGGUGUUGCACCCAAAUCGUGAAGAUGAAGUUAGUGACUGUUUUUUUUUUUUUUUUUGGUUUCUUUAAAUGAUUUAUUAACGAAAACUCUUUAAAGAGACAGUACACACCACUAACAACCGUAAAACAUCCCACUGAAUACUACCACGGGAAUAAGCGUGUGCAGUGACUAAUUAUAUUUUGAUGCUCUAGUUUGUUUUAUUGUGAAAUCUGCAAACUGGUUUCACAAAUUUGUUAUACUUAAUUUGUCUGUGAUUUUUAUUUUUCCUAUUUUAUUUUUUUUAAUUUAUAUAUUUUUUUUUCUUUCAUUUUGAGAAAUAAUUAGAUAAACUAUUUAUUUGAGGCUGUAUUUAUUUUAUCUGAUCCUAGUUAACCUUGGUCUUCUAGUACUGGGCAUUAUUCAACUGCUUUAUUCUCUCUCAAUUACUUUAGAUAUGUAUCCUUAAUUUCCUCCUCUUUAAACCUCAUGAGUGAAGCAGUAAUUAUAUUGGUUUUAUAAUUUGGCAGAUAGUGAAAUUACAGUGGGCAAUGGAUAAACGACUAUUAUCUUGGUAUUAAAUGUAUGACUUUACCACCAUUAAAAACAAUGCAAUGAGACGUUCCUUUAAUUUUUGUUAUAUGGAUCUUCUUGGAAUUUCUCAUGGAGAUCAGACUUUUCCCUCACUGCUAUGUUACUUUGCAGUUUUAAGUGAACUAUCUAAGUCUAAUCUUAUUCUUGGAAUGUAAAGGUAUUUGAAAGUAAGCUCACUGGGGUUUAUUCCACUGAGCCAAGAGGCUCCAGUAAUGCUUUAUUACAAAGAGAAAAAAAUAUUUUAUUUUGUUUAUGCUAUCCAAAGGAUUUUAAGGUGAAUUGGAUUAAGGUAAGUGGCUGAAGGGGUUUUAGCCCAGCAGGAUGGAGGUUUUGGGGGGGCCUAAUAACCCUAUAGUGCCAGGAAAACCAGUUUGUUUUUGCUGGCACUAUAGUGCUCCUUUAAGGUCACUGGUGGGAUGCAACAUAUAUUUUAAAAGGACUCUCCAGUGCCUUGAAAACAAACCCCUUUUUCGUUAAUGGGUGCACAUUCAGAGAACUGUUAAUAUUUUAUAUAUUAACAUGCAUUCAUACAUAAAUGAAGUGUAAAAAUGCACAGCACAAGGCUAGUUAAUGAGAAGCUGUCACUUCAUUAUUAAAAGUUAACUAUUGGUUUUGGUUUUAAAAUGUGACCGACCUAGUAUGUAAACCUUUCAGUUUUCCAUAAUCUCACUGAAUGCUGUGCCCACAUUUGCAUGCAUGUGUCUGAGGCAUUAUGGCCAAAACAAAGAAGUUCAGUGGAGGUUUUUUGUUUAGUUUUUUUACUUCUGUUCGCUGCUCAAUUAACCCUGUUAAAAGCUGCAAUGUUGUUUAUUGGGGUUAAGGAACAAGGGAAUUGUCUCUUCUCUGGAUGUGACAAUUUCUCUUUCACAUCCAAUCUUUUAAUAUUCUGUCACUUACGUUCAAACUCAUUGCCGUGGGGGGGGCCAAGAAAAUAAACACCCUUAAAUAUCAACAUCACAUACACGCCAUAGUGCCCAUUUAACCAUCAGGCAAAUUAAAAUGCAAGCAUAGCAUGUAACAGAAUUCAAUUAAAGAAGCUGGAUGCCUUUCUAGGAAAUACAGUGUACUACGAUACUGAUAUGUUCACACCAAUUCUGCAAUAUAUAAAGUACCAAUGAAAACAAAAUAGAAGGAAAUAUAUUUUUUACACUGAGACACUGUAUUUGCGUUUAGUCAUAUAGAUCAAUUUAACUGCUUCCUAUAACUUUCUAAUGAUUUAUGUAAAAACAAUGAUGUAUUGUUGAUUCAUCACAGUGCAGCUAUGCAUUUUAAUUUUCUAGCUUGUGCGUUCUCGGCAUAUAUUUCUAUAUGAAGGUGGCAUAAAUCUGUGGCCUGCUUGGAAUGGCAGCCAGGAAAGAGCAGGAAAAUCCUAUUCUAAGUGGUUCUCCCACUCUAUAUCACAGAUAUUCCCCCAGCAAGUCUGUUGGAGUGAAUUGAUGUACCCUGAUGUGUUGGCAGUAAAUAUUAUUAGGGAGGAAUUACAUAUUUUGGGAAGUGUACCCAAUCAUUGUACAUAGGAGGUAAACCUGGAUGUCAGUGAUUAGCAGGACGGUGGUGCUUGAAUGAGAGGGCAGUAGGUAAGUAAAUGUAUGACAGAUCCCUAAUGAUCUGCUUGUUGGGAGAUGUUUUACUUGUAGAUGAAAUUUAAAGAAUUUAGAACUCAUUCCUGCUGCAUUCACAUUAACUCUGGUAUAAUAAUUGUCAGCCUUGGGGCUGAUCUAUCUAGCUCUUCAAAUUAAGGGUUACUCCAAGCACCAUGACCACUUCAGUGAUUUGAAGUGGUCAUGGUGGUUGGAGUCUGUAUGUGCAGCAUUGUGCUAUGAAAUUCGGAACAUACAGAGGUUAAGGUUGAGCAUCAAAAUGCCACACAGCGACCAUUUGCAUCUCCUCGUAGAGAUGCAUUGAAUCAGUGCAUCUCAUUGGGGAAUGUUCAGCCCUCCACGCAGAGCAUACAGGCGCUGGACUAAGAAGCACCUCUCGUAGCCGUCUAAGUCUAAAGCCUGCAGGAACUGGCUAUAGACACCAGAUCCACUACAUUAAUGGGAAACUGUAGGCACCCAGACCACUUCACCUCAUUGAAGUGGUCUGGGUACAGUGUCCCUAUUGCCCUUAGUUCCAGAGAAACUACAAUGUUUACAUUGCAGCACAAAGUCAGCCUCUAGUGGCUGUCUACCAGACAGCCACUAGAGGGCUUCCUGGUUUGAAACAUAUCUUUAGUCCAGUAUCUGACGCUGGACGUCCUCACGCCUUGUGUGAGGACCUCAAGCGUCAGAUAUUUCACCAUAGCUUGCCGAUGUGGAGGUCUAAUGCGCACGCAUUAGAGCCCGCUCGUCACGGGACCGAGGAGUAGCUUUGACCCAGUGCCCAGGCACAUCGGUGCUGAGAUCAUGUAAGUAAAUACGUUUUUUAACACUUUUAUUUACUGGGGAGUGGGAGAGGCAAAGACAGCUUUGUAUUCCUAGCACUAUAGUAUCCCUUUAAAUUGUAAUGGAAUUGAAUAAUGGAAAAAAAAUUUGUCUUUAAAAUAAAGUUUUGUUAGUUUAAAAACAAACGUGGCUCCUAACUUUUUUUAGUUGGCACUUAUAUUCCCAGCAAAUUUGUCAAGUCCUGCUUUAAGAAGCACUUUCAGGGUCCCUUGUUCUACUUUGAAUCAGAAUAUAUCUGUCAUUUUGAUAAAAAAAAUUAUGCACUGGCCUUUUCAUUUCCCUUUUAUAUCUGAUUUGCUAAAUAAAGAAGCUAUAUAUAAUAAUUGUGCAAGUAAGUGGGGCUGAAAAGGUUUGUUCCAUUUCAAACUCCUUUACUGAGGGAUAAUCUUUUUAGUAUCCAAUAUAUGUUUUAUUAGAUCAUCUAAAUCAGGGCCGGAUUAAGAG